CUCAACGUCUUGGGCUCCAGGGGGCCGAGGAGGAUGCAAUGCACGAUGGACGGAAUCCCAGCGUCAGCCAUGGGACCAGGAGGAACAGCUCCGACUCAGACAGAGCUUCUCCACAGUAAUGUGGAGAGUUUCCCAUCAAUUCCCUCGUUCAGAUCAAAAUCAACUCGGUCAGAGAGUUUCCCUUCUGACGAACUGCUGGUGCUGAAGAACAAAGCGCCCAGGUGGCAUGAACAGCUCCAGUGCUGGUGCCUCAACUUCAAUGGCCGAGUAACGGUUGCUUCUGUCAAAAACUUUCAGCUGGUCGCCUCCCCAGAGAACGAGAGCGUAAUUCUCCAGUUCGGAAAAGUUGGCAAAGACGUGUUCACCAUGGAUUACCAGUACCCGAUCUCGGCUUUCCAGGCUUUCGCCAUAUGCCUUAGCAGCUUCGACACCAAGUUAGCCUGUGAAUAACCCGAAAACUUGGAAAGUUUUCAUCUUUCUUUGUUUGUCAGCUAAAAGGAAUUAUGUUCGCCGUGGCAAAUCACUGGAGAAGAUUGAUUUAGGCUUUCAAAGGUCUGGUGGCUGGUCAUGUUACGAGAUGAGCUUUUGAAGAGAAGAGAGUGGAUCCUAUUAUGAAUAGAGAGGGAGAGAGUUUAGAUAUUUGAUUUGGGUCAGAUUCUAAUGGGCGUCUUUCUAAAAUUUGGUGUGUUAAAGUUCAUGGCUUCCGUCGUCGUUCUGUAUAAUAUCAAAUUACCUUAAAUACCCCUAACUUUCUUAAUAUUUACAACAAAAACCAGUGUAAACUGUU